GUAGCAGCACUUCUCACGAACAAGGAACGAAUUUCGUAUUGUGCGAUUUAUUGCAACGAAACUACCGACACUACCGACACAACGACCGGUUCGUUGUUCGUUCUGUGCAGUUCUGUGGUUCGUUUCCUCUUUUGUGAUCAGCUUCGAACUUGGAAAGUACUAUGACCACUGAUACAAAACGCGCUGGCGAUAACAGUGAUAUGGAAUCUGUUGAGGAUGAAGAUGAUAAUGAGACUACAGAAAUUUCUGCAGACAUGUUAGCUGCUUUUCAAGGUCGUAUUUCUGCACCAGGGAUAGAGCAAAUGCAGUCUCUUCCAGCUCCUGUAAAACGCAGAAUUAAAGCUCUAAAGAAACUGCAAGUAGUUACUACAAAUAUUGAAGCAAAAUUCUAUGAGGAGGUACAUGCUUUGGAAUGUGUUUAUCACAAAUUAUGUGCUCCUCUUUAUGAAAAGAGGAAAGAAAUAAUAUCAGGUGCUUACGAACCAACGGAUGAACAGUGUGAAUGGGAAAGUGAUGAUGAAGAAGAAGGAUUAACUAAUGACUUGAAAACAAAAGCAAAUCUUGAAGAUGACAAAGAGCAAAAGGCAAAAGAAGAAAGCGAAAAAGAUGUUAAAGGCAUCCCAGAAUUUUGGUUGACAAUAUUUAAAAAUGUCGGACCAUUAGCUGAUAUGGUUCAGGAACACGAUGAACCGAUCUUAAAACAUUUGUAUGAUAUUAAAGUGAUAUUCUUUGAAUCUAAUCCAAUGGGUUUUAUUCUUGAGUUCCAUUUUGAGCCAAACGAAUAUUUCACUAAUACAGUGCUAACUAAAGAAUAUAUUAUGAAGUGUACUCCCGACGUACUUGAUCCAUUUAAUUUUGAAGGGCCUGAAAUAUACAAGUGUAAGGGAUGUGCAAUUGAUUGGAAGAAAGGAAAGAAUGUUACAGUAAAAACAAUCAAGAAGAAUCAGAAACAUAAAUCCCGAGGAUCCAUACGAACUGUAACAAAAACUGUUCAGAACGAUUCAUUUUUCAACUUUUUCAGUCCACCAGUUGUGCCAGUUGAUGCAGAAGCAGAGUUGGACGAUGAAACACAAGCUUUAUUGGCAAGCGAUUUUGAAAUUGGCCAUUACAUUAGAGAACGUUUAGUUCCUAGAGCUGUAUUAUAUUAUACAGGGGAAGCCUUGGAAGAUGAAGAUGAAGAUUACGAAGAAGAGGAGGGUGAUGAGGAUGAUCCUGACGAGGAAAACGAAGACGACGAGGAGUUCUCACUAACUAAUGCACCAUCAGGUGGGAAACAACAAGGCAAUGAUCCUGCCGAGUGUAAAACACAGUAGAAUUCUAUAACAAAUUAAGAUCAGAGAAAAUAUUGUUCGUGCCUACCGAAAAAAAAGAACACAAACAAAACCUGACCGAUAAGUGCCCUAGAUAUCCUGCACCUAUGGCUCCAACGUAAAAUCAUCUAAUCAUGUCAUAUUUCCUAUUCCAGAUCAAGCUUAAAACUCUUCGACAUACCAAUGACAAAAUUAUGCGUACCCUCCCUUUAUCCGACAUUGACGGUGAACCGAAAUACGGCUUAUUGACAGGCUAAGAUCUUAUGUCACAUAAGUAUAUGAACAAAAAAAAAAAAA